CAUAGCCGCCGCCGGCUGACGAUUGAUUUGAUUUGAUCGAAUAAGGGUAGCUCCGGCCGCCAUAAAUAAGCUUAAUCUAUAAUAAAAUGUCGUGUUGCGGAGGUGGGGAGCUAGAGGACUAUAGCGGUCCGCCGCCUAAUCAAAGCACCGCCCCUCCUAAGGCCGGCCAUGCCUAUCACGGCGGCACCGGUGGUGCGAGUGAAAGAGCGCCGAGGUCUUCUGGGGCAAUGAGAAAUGGAGCAUCUCAAAAAGCUCUUCCCAUUGAAAUACCGCAUUACGCAAACCUGCUCGAAUUAUUUGAUUGUCCAUUGAAACCAGUUUCAAGACUCAAGAAUGAUCAUUUUGUGGCUCUUCUUGGGUAUUGUCUUGAGGCAGAUAACCGGAUCCUCGUAUAUGAGUUUGCAACCUCGGGAUCUUUACAUGACGUUCUCCAUGGAAGAAAAGGUGUACAAGGUGCUGAGCCAGGUCCGGUUCUUGCUUGGAACCAGAGAGUUAAGAUUGCUUAUGGGGCAGCAAGAGGCCUCGAAUAUCUGCACGAAAAAGUUCAGCCUCCCAUUGUUCAUCACGACAUCAGAUCCAGCAAUGUUUUGCUCUUUGAUGAUUUUACAGCCAAACUUGCUGAUUUCAAUUUGACAAACCAGUCCUCUGACACAGCUGCCCGGUUGCACUCCACAAGGGUCUUGGGGACUUUUGGCUACCAUGCUCCAGAGUAUGCAAUGACAGGACAGAUUACUCAGAAGAGUGAUGUUUACAGUUUCGGAGUUGUCCUCUUAGAACUAUUGACAGGAAGGAAGCCAGUUGAUCACACCAUGCCCAAAGGGCAACAGAGCCUUGUCACAUGGGCGACGCCAAGAUUGAGCGAAGACAAAGUGAAACAAUGUGUGGAUCCUAAGCUAAACAAUGACUAUCCCCCAAAGGCUAUUGCCAAGAUGGCAGCUGUUGCAGCACUUUGUGUUCAAUACGAGGCUGAUUUUCGCCCAAAUAUGACUAUUGUUGUCAAGGCACUGCAACCGCUUCUCAAUGCAAAGCCGGUCACGGGCACAGAGUCCCAAGCAUAACUGUUUUGAGUCUUCAAGAAGCAAGACUGUGGUGACAAACUGAUGACUUCAUCUGCAAAAAAUAUGACUAUUCGUACAUACCGGCCCCUAUUAUUUUAUUUUUUUUAUUUCUCAGAGAUUUUGAAUAUUGUUAACCAUUUAUGUUUCCUUCCCUAAAAUAAACAGAAAUGAAGGAGAUUGUAUUAU